AAAACUAUGAAGUAGAUCAGUAAUCGAGAGAAGCGCAAGCAGAACGUAUAAUAUGUGAUGAAGAUUGAUGUGAAGUUACUAAAAAUUCGUUUCUGGUAAAAAAGUAAAGGAUUUAAAGAAACAUGGUUUAUCUAAAUUUCUGUAAAGUAUUAAAAUAAGAUUAUGCAAAUAAAAUUUUUAUUAUCAAAACUAAAAAUUACAUGUGAUUGCAAAGUGAAUGAAAGUAGCAAGAGAACGUGAAAAAUCGAAGUGAAAAAGUGAGUGGGGGCAGCAGCCUCAGCAGCAGCGGCGGCAGAAGCAGCAGCAGUCAAUUGAAAAGAUUGAUACACCAAUUGGAUAUUUCGUGUUCAUCAAGAUACAAAAUAAGAUAAGCUGAAGAAAUAGUGUGAAUAAGGGGAGAGACUACGUGCGGCGUAAAUAAAUCACAUUGUUACUGGGUUCUGUAACUGCAGGUUCUUGGUGGUCAUUAAUAAUUAUUAUCUAGUUCGCCAUCCACUGCGAUGGCAGUGAAAGUGCAAUUUGAGAUCGGUCAUACGGCGAGGCUGCGCAGCAAAAAAACACCAGAAGGCUUUACACAUGACUGGGAAUUGUAUGUGCGUGGUGUGAAGGAGGCAGAUAUCGGCGCCUACGUUGACAAGGUCGUUUUCAAUUUACACGAUUCUUUUCCAAAACCAAAGAGGGUUUGCAACAAGCCACCAUACGUGAUCACAGAGUCUGGUUACGCAGGAUUCUUGCUACCGAUCGAUAUUUAUUUUCGCAAUCGCGAUGAGCCCAAGCGUAUACAGUUCACUUACGAUUUAGAUUUGCAACAGACUGGUCCGCCACAUCAUCGCUUUGAAGUGCAGAAAUUUGUAUUUGACCAUGUAUCAGAGGAUUUUCGUCAAAAGUUACUCAAAGGUGGCGGCAUACCUGUAACUGGUGCUGGGAUGGUUGGUGGUUCCACCGUUCCAUCUACUAAUACCACCCCGAAUGCCAAUGUUAUUGACGAAGGAGGUGGUAUGAUUAGUAAACCCAAGCUGAGUAGCGGAGAUUCAACUGGUGGCAGUAGCAGUAAAAAACACAAAACUCGCGUCGAUGACUCGAAGAGUAAUUCAUUUGCGAAUUUAUUUGGUGCACCAAUUAAAAGCGGCUCUAGUAAACAUUCACCUGAUGGUAAAAAUAAUAGUUUGAAUACUGGUGGGGGCAAAGGAGCCCCGAGUACUAGUAACGCGAAUGGUAGUGGUGUUGGGACUGGUGGUGAAGUCACCCCCAACCCGGGAAAUAUCAACGCGAACAACAAUAGUUUAAAAGAAAAGUCUGUUAAGGAUCGAGAUAAAACUAGCAACUCUUCAUCGGUGGCUACUGGUAGCAAUGAAAAGACUCGUGAUAAAUCUGAUAAGAAAGAAAAGCACAAGUCUUCAACUAGCCCCAAUAAGGAAUCACGCAGUGAAAACAAGAAAUCCUCUGGAGAAAGUAGCAAACAUGAAAAACGCGAAGAGUCCAAGUCAAAAAAGGAUAAGUCACGAGACAAGGAGCGUGAGCGUAGUCGGGAGAAAGGUUCAAGCAGUGGCUCCAAACGCUCUCUAAGUCCAAAAUCGAAUGCGCGUGAUGCUGGUGCGCCGAGUCCAAAACGGCCCUCACCGCCGCGAUCUUCUUCAUCCGCCAGCGGACGUGUGGAUGAUAUUAAGUCAUCUGGUAGUAGCAAAACUGAGGGGAAAGAAUCAAAGACUCGGGAAGAAAAGUCCAGUUCAAGUGGUAAAAAGUCAAAGAAGGAAAAGAAAGACAAAGAACGCGAUAAAGAGCGACGUGAUGAGCAUAAAGAGAAGCAUCGUAGCGGUGAUGGGAAGACAAAGGAUUCGAAAGAGGAACGACACAGCAAUAUUGCUCCAGGACAUGUUAUAGCAAAUAGCAGCAGCAACAGCAGUAAUCCCGCGACAUCAUCAACGACGCCUAGUGGCCUAGUUAACAAUGAAGCUAAAGACAAUAAAGGCCAACAGUCACCGGCAAAUGUGAGCAUCAAGAAACCAGAUAAAGAUCCCAAAGAUAAAACAGAAGCUGUGAAAGUAAAGAAUAGUGAUAAAAAUAUAGACAAGAUAUCGGCAAAUGCAACCAAUAUACAAUCAGCUGGUGUAAAUGCCGGAACUACAGGUGGCGAUAAGAAACUAUCAGCCAGCUCAAACAGUCAAGGUGAAAAGAUGGAGAAGGAAAAGGACAAAGAGAAAGAAAAAGAUAAGGAAAAGAGAUCUCACAAACACAAGAAAAAAGACAAGAACAAGGAUAAAGAUAAGGAACGUGAAAAAGAGCGGGAUAAGGAGAGGCACAAAGAGAAGGAGAAAGAAAAAGAGAAAGAGCGAUCUGAGGAGAAAUCACGAUCCGAAAAACACAUAGAAGCUAAUUCGAAUGGGAAUAUAUCGUCAACAGGAGCUGCAUCUGCAUCAGGAUCCGGAGCCAAAGCAUCGUCUCUCCCUGCAGAAAUAACAGCGCCACACAAUGAACCCCCCAAGCUUGAACCGAAUAACGUAAACAUGUUAUCUAACCCGACAAGUAAUUUUGUCAAUUCCAAUAACGUAAAUAAUAACAACGCGCCGGUAUCAGUGCCCAUUGGACCCACAAAGAAGUCACAAAGCAAAGAUAGAAAAUCCAAAGAUAAAUCAUCCAAAGAGGAGAAACGCAAUUCCGCCGAAGUAGGUGAUUUGGAAUCGCGAAGCAGUAAUAAGCAUAGUAACAAAAAUACCACAGCUUCUAUACUCGCAACAACCAAUACACUUGUCGCAACCACUACUUCGAAUACUAGUGGCAAUACCAGCAGCAGCAAGACCGUUGAUGCAAUUGACUCUGGCAAGGUGCCCUCCCCAGAAGACUCUGCCUCUCUAACGGCAACAUCAACACCAAGUUCAGCGGCUGCCACAUCUACUGCUACGGCCGCUUUACAUUCAGAUAGUUCUAACAGCAGUUUUCCAGAUUUAACGCCGAAGCCGUCGGCAGCCAGUAAAACUACAUCGCAAAGUACCAAAGCGGAUACAAUACCAACAACAGAAAAGCCAGAUAAGAUUACUAGUAUUAACGCUAAAGAACACAAACAGCGCGGGGGCGACCGUAACGGAAAGAUGAAAGAUGCUGGCGAUAAACCCGAAAAAACUGACAAAAAGUUAGAAAAGGAAGAGAAGAAGCGUCGACGAAGUUCCGUUGCAGCGAGUACAGUGUCAGCAAACUCCUUUUUGGAACCGCCAGUAAAGCAAGCUAAAAAAGAGUCUAACAAGACGGGCCGUGAACAAACGAAAUCUCCGGCAUUGCGACACAGUCGAGCAGCAAGUAUAAGUGGCCCCAUUGGCAGCGAUAAUGGUAAUAACAGCUCCAAUGCGACUACUCAAAGCAAUAAUACCACCGAUGCAUUAAACAGUGGUGGCGCAUUUUUGCCGCCACCCAGCAAUACGACUGGCACUAGUGUGACCACCUCCCCCGCUGCUAUCGCUACUACCGCCAAUGCCAACGCUAAUUUGAAUGCUAACAACAUUGUAAGCACAUCGACGACAGGUGCAGCGCCGAUCGCGUCACCACAUCCACUGCGACCAACGUCGCCGGCUGGGCCGGUGGGAGCGUUGGCUGCAGAAGCUGCAAGCGCUAACAAUGGCGCAACACCAACACCGGCAUUGCCAACUGAAUAUCUAAGUGAACUACAGGAGUUACAUCAUAAAAUAAUGACGCUACAGGACAAUGAGGAAUUGCAACAAGUAGUCGAGAUGAUCGCUGCCACUGGGUGCUAUGAGAUUACCGCCAAAACGUUUGAUUUCGAUCUAUGUAAGCUUGAUCGUAGCACCGUGCAGCGUCUGCAAGAGUUUUUUGCAACAUCCGUGUCGUGACACAAGAUACACGCCUAAGGUGGAGAAGUGCCUCGCAGCAAUGAUGGCUGGAUGCAGCGGAAAGCGACAGACCGUCUAUGCUGGUACUAGAUCAGCUCGACAGUUUGCCCUUCAUGCCAACAACUAGCCAGCUAGCUAAUAACAGAAAGUAAAAUAAUAAAGUACACUUAAGGGGCAAGUUGCUUUGCGUUUGUAAAAGUCGGAUUAAUUAGAGUAAUAAAUUACAGCGCUAUAUCACAGUUAUUUUUAACACUCAUUUUUAAGAAAUCCGGGCGCAUCAAAACAAUCGUUGUACGCGUACAAACAAUAUAAAAUAUGAUUCGCAACAGAAUAAAUAGAGACUCGUUUACCAUAAGACAGUGUAUAUAUGAUUAAUAUAUGUGAAACGUAAUAUCUACCAUCAAAAUAUGUACUUGUAUAUACAUACGUUAAAGCUAAAUGAAGCUCAAUGAUAAUUACAUUUUAUACUAUCAAUCGAAUUAUUGGAAUAUACAAAACGUACUAAUGAGGCAAAAGAUAUUUUUUUUUAUAAACAAUUUAUUCGUUUAUGUUCUUGUCAUAAACGCGAACACAGAUACAUAUGGUACAUAUGAAAUACGAAGGAUGCAAGAGAUUUUCAAUUGCCUUGCAAGCUGCGUUGUUUGUUAUUAUUACUUUCAUUGAGUUUUAAAUUUAUAUCUGAACAUAACGAAAACUAAGUCUUUACAAAUGCGAAUCACCUGUACAUAAAAUUUUUACAUAAACAUAUAUAUACAUACAUAAAACAAAAUGUAAACACGUUGCGUAUACGUGUGUAGUUUAAUAUACAUAAUGCUAACGAAAUGUUGUAUUAAAUAGUUUUUAGUCUAGUCUAGUAAUUUUUUCUUAGAAUCUAAUUCUUAUAAUUUUUCAUCAUUUCAUGUGCCCUGUGGUAACUGCUAUGGAAAAUUUAUUAAUAUGACAAAAUUACUUAGUUAUGCAUUAUUCUGUAUAAAUAUUUCACAAUCAAGCAUGUCCUUUUUUUAUUAUAUAUGCAUAUAUAAAAUCUAAUUAAUAUCAGAAAACGCUGUAUCAGCUACAAAUGUUUGUAUAACUAUGAAGAAAUUAGAAAUAAAUAUAAAAACAAAAAUUUAUAUACAAAUGCAUAACUACUGAUUCUUGAAAAUACUCUCAUAAUGAAUUCGCUUAAGUAACUGGCUGCAAUACACGUAAUUCUACACACAAACAUAUAUACGCACUUCAAGGUUUAAACUUUAUUUAUAGGAUUCCUAUAUACUUUAUUUAGAGGAAGUGGGAAAAACAAUAUUGAAUGUGUAUAUGAAGUACACACACAGUUCUUGGAUGAAUGAUAGCUUUGCUCAGCUUUUUGUAUUUGAUUUCGGUUUGGUUUAGUUAUUUACGCAUAUUAAUUUAAAAUAACGGUAAUCGUAAAUAUUUUCCAUCUAAAGGUGAAAAAAAUGAAUUAGUGGAAAAUGAUGCAAUGCACAGGAAGAUAGGUUUACAAAACUUUUGUAAAGACAAAGAAGACUUUUUAAAAAUUUAAUGACUUACAGAUCUACAAUGUCCUUUUUUGCAUAUUUCAUAAAGACAAAACUUUAUGUAGUUUUGCUCUUUUUUAUUAUCAAUUUUUUAUGAUAAUUACAAGGCUUGCAGCAAAUAAUGUUUUUUUUUUUUGGGAAUGUGGGAAAAUAAAUUAUGUAAAAUUAUCAGUGAUCUGCAGGAGUAGUAUGAACAGAAUCAAUAAAACCAAAGAGCUAACAGAAGCGGCAUUGACGUCAAUGAAAAUAACACAUAAUUUCAUCACUUGUAUUUUAAAUGGUUAUAUGUAUGUAAUAAGAAAAUUGAUUAAAUUUACAGAG